CCCUUCCCACGCCAGGCACGGCGGGGGUGAUGGGCAAGUCCGGGAAGAAGGAGUCGCGCCUCCGGUCGCGCCCGGCGGGGCUCGCUCCCUCCUGGAGCGCUUUUCUCUGUCGCGUUUAAGAAAGGGGAAGGGGAAAAGCAUGACAAGGAUUCUCCCGGGGAAGCGGAGGAAAAUGUACAUCCCGACGACAUGUAAGUACCCGGCGGCUCUGCCCGCUCCUCACAGAUGUCUCCCGCGGGCAUGAGUCCAUGCAGAAGUUAAGUCUGCAGUUCCAGAGAAGGAAACCUGCCGACCACCCCCUGCUGCCGACCCUCCAACUCUGCCAGUCCAGCCUGGUCCUUACGAGAGAGCUCAAUCCCGAGCUCCAGAUUGCUAACUGAUCCUGCAAGGACACUGCCCCCUGCCCUCUUCCCUGCCUCUGCUAUGGACACUUCUGCUUUUAGCCUCCCCACACCGGCAGUGUUGGAGGAGGGGAACGCCUCCAGUAGCUGGGCAGGCUUCACUACCCCCAACAGCUCCUCCACCGUCAGCCCUGGUGUAGUUGUCAGCGGUGUCCUCAUCCCCGUGGUCUACCUCAUUGUCUGUGUGGUGGGGUUGGCCGGGAAUUCCCUGGUCAUUUAUGUGGUCCUGCGGCAUUCCGUGAGCGAGUCGGUGACCAACGUGUACAUCUUGAACCUGGCCCUGGCUGAUGAGCUCUUCAUGCUGGGCCUGCCCUUCCUGGCUGCGCAAAAUGCCCUGUCCUACUGGCCGUUUGGUUCCUUCAUGUGCCGCCUGGUGAUGGCCGUGGAUGCCAUCAACCAGUUCACCAGCAUCUUCUGCCUGACGGUGAUGAGCGUUGACCGCUACCUGGCCGUGGUCCACCCAGGGAAGUCUUCCAAAUGGAGAACAGCACGGGUGGCCAAGGCCGUGAGUGUAACCGUGUGGGUGCUGUCUUCCAUAGUGGUGCUGCCCGUGGUUGUCUUCUCAGAUGUCCCUUUAGGGAUGAGUACAUGCCACAUCCAGUGGCCUGAGCCUGCCUCGGUGUGGAGAGCUGGCUUCAUCGUCUACACUGCUACCCUAGGCUUCUUUGGACCACUGCUGGUGAUUUGUCUCUGCUAUCUCCUGAUUGUUGUGAAGGUUCGCUCCUCUGGCAGGCGGGUGAGGGCUCUGUCCUCCAAGCACAAGCUUUCAGAGCGCAGAGUGACCCGCAUGGUGGUGACUGUGGUGGCUGUCUUCGUCCUUUGCUGGCUUCCCUUCUACGUCCUCAACAUAAUCAACGUUGUCUGCCCGCUGCCAGAGGAACCAUCCCUCUUUGGAGUUUACUUCCUUGUGGUGGUGCUGCCAUAUGCCAACAGCUGCGCUAAUCCCAUCAUCUAUGGCUUCCUCUCCUACCGCUUCAAGCAGGGCUUCCGCAGGGCCAUCUUCAGGCCGUCCCGCCGAGUCCAGAGCCAGGAGGUGCCAGCAUGUCCCCCAGAGAAGAUUGAUGAUGAAAGGGAAGAGGGUGAGAUCAGCAAGAUCACCCAGAAUGGAAAUGACAGGCAGGAGUGCCCUCUAAGCAGUGGAGAAGGAAAAAGCAAUGAGCAAAAACCACUCCCUGAGGAGCCUGCGGGAUGCGAAAAGAGGAACAAGUUGCAUGUCAGUUAUUUAUGAUGAAAGGGGUGAUGCAGGAGAAAGAGACAUUGGGACAUAGGACCCCUUCACAUUCUCUGCUUUCAAAGGCAAUGGGAGACAUUGAUACAAGGGAAUAACAAAUCCAGGAAUAAAGAUGAAUAGAGCUCCAUGGUCUUGUGGAAAAAGCAAAGCAUUGCUCUUGGCUUUGUAAGAGACACCUGAGGUUUGCGUGGUGCCAGUGUUACCAGAAAUUGGUAAAAAUAAAACCUCUUUAACACUAAUGUAGCAUUAAGAAUCGGGCAUUUUUUAUUUGGCUGGAUGCAUGAGGGGAUAUCUCCUCCUGAUAAUCCUUCAAGAGAUCAUGCAUGCUGAGUACAGGAAAAGCUCCUAUUUAUAUACUAUAUUUUAUGUACAUGCUCACUGAUUU